CUCACGUCUCUCUCACGCUUCUAUUCAUGUCUUUCCAAACUCAUCCCCAAAAUCUCUCGCAUCCAUCUCAAUCUCAUUUCUCUCGAUCUCAAAUCUUCUCCCAAUCUCUGUCUCGCUGCUUAUCCUCCACCAACGAAGUCACAGUCCAGCCAACGCCGCUGCCCAGACAUUUACCGUGGGUUGUCAUUGUGCUCCUAUUGCAAGAUAAACUUGAAGCCUUUCUGUCUAGUCACCUGUGUGUGUGUGUAUUUUAUUUUUCAUCUGAAAAUUUUUUGAUUUGGGUGUAGAGGGAGCAUUGAGAGAGUGUGAUAUCACCACUUACCCACUGUGGUUGGUUUUCAUUUAGGUUCACGCAAAUUGUUGGCAGUUGAAGUUAUUGGAUCGUAUGACAAUAUUGUUUUGGGGUUACUAAGCACUCUCCACAGAAUUUGAGAAUCCACAUUGAUUUACUCUGUUGACG